CAAAUCGGUUUGCGGUUAUAAUCGGUUAUCGGUUGGCAAAACCUAACCGCUUGAAUACCCAGGUAUUUAACCCUUAAGAAUAUAAAACGCGCGAAAAGUAGCUUUGUGAAGUUUUAAAAAAAGAAAGCUUUGUGUUGAGAGUUGAUUACAACUUCUUCCUCUUCUACUUCUACUUGUGCUUUACCAAAUCAUCAUGGCCCCCGAUGCGUCUGAUGCCUUUCCAGUGAGACAGAAAGUUCAAUUUCUGAAUGCUGCUCGUACCGGCAAUCUCAAUCUCUUGAAGAACUUGGUGGGGCAGCUUAACGAGGUGAAGGGGUUGGCGAUAACGGUCGCGGAUAUCAAGGAUCCCAGCAAUCGAGGGGUCCUUCACUUUGCGGCCAACGCGGGGCAGACUGAGGUUUGCAAGUACUUGUUGGAAGACUUGAAGCUUGAUGUUGAUACAAAAGAUAACGGUGGUAAGACUCCUCUUAUUCAUGCUGCCCUACAAAGACGUACUGAUACUGCCAAAUACCUUCUUGAGUGUGGUGCCAAUCCUGAUGUACGUGUUGACUCUGGGACCACGUUACUGCAUCGUUGUGCCGCAUUUGGAGAAAUUGAGUUGCUGAGGAUUUUACUCUCCAAAGGUGUUGAUAUUGAUCCUCAAAUUGAUGCUGGUACUCCUUUAAUGGUGGCUGCUGCUCUUGGACAAGAAGAGUCUGUGAAAGUUCUUUUGGAACACCAUGCUAGUCUUAAUUUUGUUACAGAUAAGAAUGUUACUCCAAUGGCAAUAACAGUGGCUUCCAGUUCACUGGCAUGCUUAGAGUUGUUGAUACAGGCAGGUGCCAAUGUAAAUUUUAGCUUUAGUGGAGCAACCCCUUUGCAUAUGGCUGCUUAUAAAGGGAGUUUAGAAAUCAUAAACUGUUUGUUGAAAGCUGGAGCUGAUCCAAAUGCCACUGAAGUGGGUGGUGAGAAGCCAAUCCAGGUUGCAGCUGCAAGAGGCUAUCCACAAGCUGUUGAGAUUCUUUUUCCAUUGACAUCAAAAGUUGAAGCCAUUCCAAAUUGGACCGUUGAUGGAAUACUUGAGUACAUGCAGUUUAAACGUAGCAAAGAACAGGUUGCACGAGAAGCAAAGAAGAAAGCUACAGAAGCAAAAUCAAGAGGAGAUGAUGCUUUCAAAAGAAAAGAGUAUCAUAUGGCUGUAGAAGCUUAUACCCAAGCAACCGAUUUUGAUCCCACUGAUGCUACUUUGCUUUCCAAUCGGAGCCUUUGUUGGAUGUGUUUGGGUCAAGCUGAGGAUGCCUUAGCUGAUGCAAAGUCCUGCCGAACAUUAAGACCAGAUUGGCCAAAAGCUUGCUAUCAGGAAGCCGCAGUUUUGCGUUUAUUGCAGAGGUUUGAUGAAGCAGCCAACUCUUUCUAUGAGGGAGUGAUGCUCGACCCUGAAAAUAAGGAGCUUGCAAAUGCCUUCAGGGAAGCUGUUGAAGCUGGGAAGAAGAAAUCAUAGUUUGCCAUCUUCUGAUUUCCCAAAAGUUGUCACAAGAGGAAUGAAGGACUUGAAUGUGCGGAUAAAGACUUGAAGGGGGCCUCCUCAUCUGAGAAACUGGGAGCUUACUUUUUUUUUUGUUGUUUAUACCAUACAGAAAUAGAAACUGGGAGCUUACUCUCUCAGGGCCGCUUUGAUUACUCAAAAGUAACUCUUUUGACUCGUGCACCUACGCGGACAAAAUAUUAGUGUUGUUAUUUGGAAAGGAAAAUAACUACUUAUUUUGAUGGUGUUAUGCAUGUAAUGCAGGCAUGAAUGGAAGAGGAGC